CAGCAUCUGAUCGAUCGAUCGUAUGACGACAGGGAGCCUCUGUUUUGGGCAAAACAGGCAGCAGCACAUACCUGCGGCGGCACAACCGCAGCAGCAGAGCAGAAGGCACAGCCAGUAGCAGCAGCAGAAGCUAGGUGAGAGAACCCGGACAGGGGGGGCUAGGAACUAGGGGAGCAACAGCCGGAGCUGGUGUUGGCAUGGACGAGGGAGAUGGGGCCGCCAGCGGUGAUGAGCAGUCCCCCGAAGUCGAGGCAGUGGAUGUUGACGCGAUAGUGGAGGAGUGCAUAGCCAAGCUGCUGUCCGUCAAGUCUCAGCGGCCAGGGACAGAAGUGGCCCUCCCCGGGGAGGACAUCGCCAUCGUGGUGAAGCGAGCACGGGAGGUAUUCCUGGCGCAGCCUAUGCUUUUGGAGGUGCGAUGUCCGAUCAACAUUUGCGGAGACGUGCACGGGCAAUACCACGACCUGCUGAGGCUCUUCGAGAUGGGCGGCUUCCCUCCCAGCGCCAACUACGUCUUCCUCGGCGACUACGUGGACCGCGCUAAGCAGAGCAUCGAGACGGUCAUGCUGCUGCUCUGCUACAAGCUCAAGUAUCCGGAGUCUUUUUUUCUUUUGAGGGGGAACCACGAGUGCGCUUCGCUGAACCGAAUCUACGGGUUCUACGACGAGUGCAAGCGAAGGUAUACCGUCAAGCUUUGGCGGGUUUUCUCGGACUGCUUCAAUUGCAUGCCGGUGGCAGCAAUCGUGGAGGACAAGAUUCUUUGCAUGCACGGCGGCAUCAGCCCGGAGCUGCAGCGUCUCGGGCAGAUCUUGGAGAUACCCCGGCCUAUCGACGUCCCGGACGAAGGGUUGCUCUGCGACUUGCUCUGGUCGGAUCCCGAGGCCGGGAUUUGCGGGUGGGGGCGAAAUCCGCGGGGGGUUAGCUACACGUUUGGGCAUGACGUGAUCGAGGAAUUUUUGACGCGGCACGAUCUUGACCUUAUCUGCAGAGCCCAUCAGGUGGUUGAGGACGGCUACCAGUUUCAGGCGAACCGGCAGCUGGUGACCCUCUUCUCCGCGCCGAACUACUGCGGGGAGUUCGACAACGCGGGCGCCAUCAUGUCGGUCAACGACAACCUCGUCUGCAGCUUCAGAGUGCUCCGCCCGGCCUCUCACAAGAAGUUUAUGGGCUAGCCCGCCCAGCCAAAAGGGUUUGUUGUCAAUAUCUGUCUCUCUCUCUCUCUUUUGUGAGUGUAGGUUUUUGGAGUGGAGCGGCUUGGUGCUGUGUAUUUUUUAUGCAUCUUUGUGCAUCCCCAUCAUCCACCAGACCUUCGUUCACGCCGUUGUUGCUGUUGUUCUUGGUUCUACUUCUUCUUCCGGUACUCUUUUGUGCUUCUCUUUCGGGGCUGGCGGUAAUGUGUGCAACUGUAGUUAGGGUCCCUGCUUUUUUUAUGAACGGGGCUUAUUUUAGAGCGGCCCCCUGACGAUUGAUUCAACAAAAUGUUUUUUAUUUCGCUUUUUUUAUUGGCUUGGACUGGAAGUGAGGAAAUGAGCGCGCGCGGGGGUGGUGGGGAAAGAAAGUUAGAGGAAAACGGCGUAGGUGUUUACGUAUCUACUGGAGGGGAAGGCGCACAGCGAUUUUUUGAACCAUGUGCGUGCACCCACUCCGAUAUCGUUCCCUUUUUGGUUUGUUUUUGCUGCUUAUUUCCCUGCGGGUAGCGAGGUGUGUAAGGUACGGAAGUAAUUCCCGCGAAUGCUUCCCGUGGUGGCGAUAGAUAAAAAAAAAUCCAACGUGUCUAGUGUUUGUUUUCAAAAAUUGAGGGGGGCGUCAACAUUUAUCUACUAUAUAGUGACUCUGUUCACGAGCUGUACGUAGGAGAGAGGCUUUGCACCUUGACAACGAACAUGGCACGGUCGAUGGUAGUAUGCGUGCCCCCCAUGGGGACUCUCCUCCCUCCCACGUCAAGUCUAUAAUACACCACACGUGCCUGUAGGCUCAUGCGCCCCCCCCCCCAACUUCCCGUUGCAGCGUGAUUCCCGAAAGAAGGGAGUUUUUGUCUUUGUUCCUAUUUGGUUCUACCUAGCCCAUCCAUCCUUGACAUGAGUGGGCGUGAUAAGCUAGCGCCGACCGGAACAUGCGAAGCACAAACAAGUUUGAUUUUUUUCCGUAGUUCUUGCACUUCCUUGUUCGGUAGGAUUGAGCACAUGCCUGUUCUUUCUUUUUUUUUUCUUGUUCGCCUUGUGCUUCUUUUUUCGGCCGUGUUGUUUACCUGUUCAGUUGUGUACAUUGUUUCUGUGUGAGUUUUCGUCCGCUUGGGGGGAUGGGGGUUACACUAAAACAGGAGGCGGCAAGCG